AUGACUGACGAAUAUGCCGAUUUAAAAUUGAUGCUGCAGCAACAGCUUAAAUUGAUGUCCGUGCUAACCGAAAAGCUUUCCAGUUCUUCCCUUCGUGCAGGUCCGAGCGCCAAUUCUCAGUCAUUGGACCAUGUGGUUAGCGGCAUCAGCGAAUUCCUGUACGACGCCAAGGCCGGGGUAACGUUCGAAUCCUGGUACAAGCGGUACGAGGACCUGUUCACCGUUGACUUGGCUUGCCAGGACGACGCGUGGAAGGUCCGCCUGCUUCUGCGCAAACUUGGUACCCUCGAACACCAGCGCUACACCAAUUUCAUCUUGCCGAGGAACCCACGGGACGUUACCUUUGACGACACGGUCCGAACGUUGUCACAGAUUUUUGGCGAGCAGUCCUCCCUGUUCAAUGCUCGUUACCAAUGUCUGCAGCUGGUCAAACGUGAUGCCGACGACUUCAUCACGUACGCGGGCGUGGUCAACCGUGAAUGCCAACGUUUUCAACUUGGCUCGCUCACCGAGGACCAAUUCAAAUGCCUGAUCUUCGUCUCUGGCCUCCAGUCUCCACACGAUGCCGAUAUCCGGACGCGCCUCCUGUCCAAGCUACAACAGGAUAGCUCAGUCACACUCCAGAACCUGGCCGAGGAGUGUCAAACGCUGCUCAACCUGAAGCACGAUUCUGCAAUGAUCCAGAACGCCGCCGCACCUGGUAUGGUCCAGGCAGUCACAGCACCGAGGGCGCAAUCGUCCGCGCGCCCCACCCAAUCCGACCGAGCGAAGUCCCCACCCUACGCGUGCCGAUUCUGUGGUGCCUGGCAUUUCCACCGCGACUGCAAGUUCCGCCAGCAUCGUUGUCAACGUUGUGGCAGGGUGGGGCACCGGGAUGGUUACUGCCAUCCUCCAUCUCCCAAGGGGGCCAAAACUGGGCUGGCCCCCACCCGCGAUCCAAAGAAGAGGUCCCGACCCAGACGCACACCCAAACCUGGUCCGGUUGGCAGCUCCCUGAGCCUGCUGGCCACGUUCCAAAUCAACGCUGCGGAUCGGAGAAAGUUCGUCGACGUCCUGAUCAACGGUCAGUCGGUCCGAUUGCAGUUGGACACUGCGUCGGACAUCACGAUCAUCUCCGAGGAUCUCUGGCGAUCCCUUGGCAAGCCACCUUUCGAACCGACCUCCCAAUCUGCCACCAGCGCCUGUGGUGGUCGCGUGCAGCUAACUGGGCAGCUGCACUGCUCCGUCUCCUUCCGGGGCGCCACGUUCAACGCGAUCUGCUACAUCACAAAGGCGAAGCUCAACCUGCUUGGUCUCGACUGGCUCGAAACCCUUGGCUUGGCCGAUCUUCCUCUUCGGGCCAUCUGCAAUGCGGUACAUUCUCCGACAGUACCAAACGAUCGAACCGCCGACAUCAUCAGACAGUUCGCCCCGGUAUUCCAGGAUGGUCUUGGCCGCUGUACACGCACCCGCGCCGCGUUACAGCUUGUACCUGGUGCUCAACCGGUAUUCCGUCCCAAAAGGCCUGUCCCAUACGCAGCCUUACCCUUGGUCGAUGCCGAACUCCAACGUUUGGAAGACAUGGGCGUCCUGGUGCCUGUGUCCUAUUCCGCCUGGGCAGCGCCGAUCGUCGUGGUCAAGAAGCCGAAUGGAUCCCUCCGCAUCUGUGCCGAUUUCUCCACUGGUCUCAACGCAGCACUAGAGCCAAAUUGCUACCCGCUACCGAUCCCAGCCGAUCUCUUCACGAUACUCAACGGUGGAACCUGUUUCGCUAAAAUCGACCUGGCAGACGCCUACCUGCAGAUCGAGGUCGCCCCUGAGUCACAAGCCCUCCUGACGAUCAAUACGCAUCGUGGUCUUCUCCAGUACACCAGACUCCCAUUUGGUGUCAAGACGGCUCCAGCUAUUUUCCAACAGACAAUGGACGCUAUGAUCUCUGGUAUUCCGGGUACGGCCGCGUACCUGGACGAUCUACUCAUUGUUGGUCGCACCCCAGAAGAGCUACGAGAGCGCCUGGCUGCAGUCCUUCAACGGGUCCAGGAGUACGGUUUCCGCCUGAAACCUGAGAAAUGCCAAUUCUUCCUUCCGUCGAUCAAAUACCUUGGUUUCGUUUUCGAUGCCCAUGGCCGUCAUCCUGAUCCUGAGAACGUCAGAGCCAUCCAGCAGAUGCCAGCUCCAGCGGAUGUGUCACAACUGCGGUCCUUCUUGGGUCUUAUCAGCUACUACAGCGCCUUCCUGCCAUCGCUACACGAUGUUCGAGCCCCGCUCAAUCGGUUGUUGCAGAAGGACGUUCCUUGGCACUGGUCCCCCGCAUGCGAAAAAGUUUUCGUUCGCCUGAAAGCCAUGCUGAGUUCUGAUCUACUGUUGACCCAUUACGACCCAGCCUUACCGAUUUUGGUCGCUGCUGAUGCUUCUGCCUACGGGAUCGGAGCAGUUCUCUCCCAUCGAUUCCCAGAUGGCUCCGAGAAAGCUGUUAUGCACGUCUCCCGCACCCUGACGCCUGCGGAGAAGAACUAUGGUCAGAUAGAGAAGGAAGCCCUUGCCAUUGUCUUUGCCGUCACCAAGUUCCACAAGAUGCUGUAUGGCCGACGGUUCACGCUACUGACCGAUCACAAGCCCCUACUUUCAAUCUUCGGUUCAAAGAAGGGCAUUCCGGCAUACUCGGCUAGUCGACUUCAGCGUUGGGCGGUCAUCCUUCUUGGUUACGACUUCGAAAUCCGCUACUGCCGUACUCAGGAUUUUGGUCAAGCCGACGGUCUCUCCCGCCUCAUUUCCAAACAUGCCGCAGUAGAAGACACAGUGAUUGCCGCUGUAACCGUCGAGGACGACGUUCGUUAUCAACUAUCGAACGCUAUUCGAAGUCUCCCUAUCACUGCCGCCGACAUACGUCGUGCAACUGCUCAAGACCCUGUCUUGCAGAAAGCCGUCACUUACGUUCAGACGUGCUGGCCAAACACUACCUUGUCUGGUGAACUCAAACAACUGCAUCAACGCCGCGACUCCCUUUCCGUGGUCGAUUCCUGUCUCAUGACUGCAGAUCGAGUUGUCGUUCCUUCAUGUCUCCGGCAA